AUGUUGACUCCAAGAUUUGAAUUGACUCAAGAUGAUAAAGAAUUGACGAUUAAUAUCUAUGCACCUUAUGCAAACAUAAAAGAUACUGAAGUUUACGUUGAAAAAACGGAUUUCCGUUUUUUUUCUUCGCCUUAUUAUUUACGAUUGAAAUUACCUGGAGAGAUUGUCGAGAAUGACAAGUCAUUCGGGUCAUACGAUUGCGACACGGGAAAAUUUUUAUUCAGGUUCUCGAAAGUAACUCCCGGAGAACACUUUGAUAAUCUGGACAUGAUCACGACUUUGCUGGCACCUUCGAAGAAGAAGGAAAAUUUAACUGCUAAUAUUGAAGUUAUUGGGAAUCCAGCUGUAGCAAAUGAAUGUUUGGAUGAGAACUCAUCAAGUGAUGAGUGGUAUAUGCCCCAAAAGCCAGCAGGAUCAUCAUUACCAAUAAACAUUUUGAUGAACGCUCCAAAAUAUGGAUUUGGAAAUAAAAUUUCAAACGCUCUUGGACCUUUUGAAGAAGGUUGGUUGAAAGACGUCGUGGAUUUACCAACACCUGAUUCAACACUGCCAACAAUGCGUUCUUCUCUCCGUGAAUCUGACGAACUCAACAAUUUCAGUGACGAUCACUACACGGCUGAUUUGUUCCAGCCCCAGGGAACGAUGAAGGCAGUCCUGGAGUUUACUCCUUCCUGGCGAAGCUUCAAGCCAGAAGAAAUAGAAUUUACCGACCACGAAAAAGACAUUCUGAAAGAGCUUCCCAACAAAGAAUUUCUUCUUGAAAGUCAAGAAAUCCAAGCAGCACUUUACGGCCUUGUAGACAUUAUGUUCUCUAGUUCGUACAACCACCGAGUUACCACCGGAGAAAACACCAGCGAAAGCAGUUGGGACAUCAACAAACUCAGCGGAACUUUGUGUUGGUUCGAGAGCUACUCGUCGAUGGAUCAGGUUGUUAAAACUUCGGUCAGACGAUCACUCUGCUAUCCAAUUUACAGAAACUGGGAGCUGUCGAUUAAGGUCCUGGAGGAUGUCAAGGCAAUGCUGAAACUCGGGAAGAAGUUUGUGGUGAAGCGACUGUGCGAAGUAUACGAUCUGUUCAACAAUUCAUACGAGCCAAGGUAUGUUCUUAAUCAAUUGUACAUCCGCGAUUACCUCAUCUGGCUUCAACAGGCGCCUGAGAAUGUUCUAGACUCGCUGGUUGAGGAGCUAGAAGCCGUGGAGAUCAAAAAAGAAGAUCUGGGGCUUGAUCUCGUGGAACUCGAGGCUGCUGGAUGGUCUGUUUUGGAAGAAGAGAAGAAAAAUGAUGACAUAAGGAUUGAUAUUGAUCAGAAUUUCCCAGAGUACUUUGUCAAUAGUGUAGUAGAUGGAUUUGGUAAGCUUGAACUUAAAGACCAAAGUGAGUCUGACACUGAUACUGACUCUAGCAGUGACAGUGAUAGUGACACUGAUACUGAUAGCGACAGUGAUAGCGAUAGCACGGAUCCCUCUGAAGCUUUGAGUCUUUCCAGCACUGAAGCCAGCAGCUCUGAUGAUGAAAUUCUUCCGAAGAAAUAUGAUGAUCUUGAUUCUGAUGAUCUUACUGAGGAAGAAAGUUAG